AUGUCUUCGUCACAGCCCUCCUUUGUGCCGUCGUCGCCCAUCCCCCUCCGCGCCGGCGCCAGGAAGAAGUCACGGUUCACGUUCAAACACCUCCAGCUCCUGGCCCAGUCGUCCACAUCGUGUCCCCUGCGCUGCAUUGCCUUGGUCGACUACGAUGCCUUCUACGCGCAGUGCGAGAUGGUGCGGCUGGGCGUCCCCGAAACCCAGCCGCUGGCCGUGCAGCAGUGGCAGGGGCUCAUCGCCAUCAACUAUCCGGCCCGUGACUUCGGCUUGAACCGCCACGUCACCAUCACCGAAGCCAAGGCCAAGUGUCCGCAGAUCGUGGUGCAGCACGUCGCCACCUGGCGCGAGGGCGACGACAAGUGGGCCUACCGCGACGACGCCGCCAAACACAUCCAGACCGACAAGGUGUCGCUCGACCCCUACCGGCUGGAGUCGCGGAAGAGCCUGGCCCUCAUCAAGGAGAUCCUGCCGCCGCCGCCGGUCCAGCGCGUCGAGAAGGCCAGUAUCGACGAGGUCUUCCUCGACCUGUCGGCCCAGAUCCACCAGAUCCUGCUGGACCGGUACCCGGAGCUGCUGCGGUAUGCGCCCUACGACGACCCGACCGAGCACCUGCCGCCGCCGCCGUCGACCGCGCUGAACUGGGAAUCCGCCGACGCGCUGGUGGACCUGGACGCCACCGAGACCGAGGACGACGACCCGGACUGGGACGACGUGGUCAUGAACAUCGGCUCCGAGAUCGUACGGGGCCUGCGCACCACCAUCCGCGAGCGACUGAAGUACACCUGCUCGGCCGGCAUCGCGCGCAACAAGAUGAUGGCCAAGCUCGGCGCGGGCUACCGCAAGCCCAACCAGCAGACCAUCGUGCGCAACCGGGCUGUGCAGCAUUUCCUGUCCGGGUUCAAGUUCACCAAGAUCCGGAACCUGGGCGGCAAACUCGGGGACCACGUCGUCGACACAUUCAACACCGACGACGUCACCGACCUACGGGAGAUUCCCCUCGAACAGCUCAAGGCCAAGCUGGGCGACGAGACGGGUACGUGGCUCUACGGGACGAUUCGCGGAGAGGACCACAGCGAAGUCAGUGCGCGGACGCAGAUCAAAUCCAUGUUAUCGGCCAAGUCCUUCAGGCCGUCUAUCAAUACAACGGAGCAGGCACAUAAAUGGCUUCGAAUAUUUGUGGCGGAUAUCUAUGCUCGCUUGGUCGAGGAGGGCGUGCUCGAGAACAAGCGACGACCCAAGACCAUCACUCUGCAUCACCGGCAAGGCGGACAGACGCGGUCCAAACAACUACCCAUACCCGGAGGCAAGAAGAUCGACGAGAUGGCGCUUUUCGACCUCGCCAAGACCCUGCUCGGACAGGUUAUCGUCGAUGGGAGGGCCUGGCCGUGCGCGAACCUCUCGCUCAGCGUCGGUGGCUUUGAAGAGGGCGUGUCGGGGAAUAAGGGGAUCGAUACGUUCCUGCUGAGAGGGGACGAAGCCCGGGCGGCCAUGGAUGUCCCACACCGAAGUAGCACUGCGACACCGGACCACGAUGAAGGGCGGCCUGAGAAACGGCGACGACUGAACGAAGGUCCCUCCAGCAUUGCCCGCUUCUUUUCCAAGGGCGAGAGCACCGAGGAGGGCGACGACGAAGCCCAAGCUCAUCCGGAAGAGGAGGAGGACGUGAGCGGACAGGGUGACGGUGAAGAGAAGGAAGACCGAGACACCAACCCUGCCCCACCACCUCAACUGCAUCAACAAGACAUCGCCACUUACUUCUGUCAAAGUUGCCAGAAGGCCAUCAAUGAAUCCGAGCGAGGUGAGCAUGAAGACUGGCACUUUGCCAAAGACCUCCAAGCCCAAGAUUCGGGGUCGGUGACGGGCCCGACGAACAGUCGUCCACCUGGUCAGACCGGUAGUAAAUCGAGGCGUGGCGCCGCCAGUAGUUCGCGGGGGCGAGGCUCAAAGGUCGAGAAGGGCCAGAGUCGCCUUGCUUUUGGAUAG